CCUCUCUCUCUCUCUCUGUCUAUGUCUAAGAAUCCCCCUCCCUCUCUCUCUCUCUAAACUAAAUAAAACCCUCCAUACCCCUUGUAGUGCUCUCAUCCUUUGGUGCAAGGUUUCUCCAUUUUCUCAAAAUUCUCCUCUGCUCCCUUUGCUUCUCCCCCCACAAAAACACCAACUCACAAGUACACUUUCCUCACUCUUUUCAAGGUUACUUCAAUUCUCUUGGCAUCUCUCUUUACCAUUGCCAAUUCUCUGCAUAACCUUCCUCACUCUUUCCAAGGUUACUUCUUUUCUACCAUUCUCACAAUUCUCUUUGCAAAUUCCAUUCACCCCUUCCACCAUUGCUGUUUUUCUCUCUCUAUAUAUACUUCAGCACUCGUUUCAAGGGUCGCCAUAUUUUCCACACACGCUCUCAACAAUCCUCUCUGCAAUUCUCUUACUUUUUCUUGAAAUUUCUUUCAUUUUUGCUUCCUCUCUGACAAUUGCAUUUGCAAUUUCUAUUCCACCAUUGCUGAUUCUCUACACAGUUUCUCUUUAGAAGCUUCAUUUCUGCCAUGCCUUCUCACGAAUCUUCAUAAAAAAAACCCUCUCCUUUUCUUCAAGCUACUCCCAUUCUUACAAUUUUUUAAUUUCUAGGGUUGUCUAUCUGCUCCUCCAAGAGGCACCAUCAAUCCCCCUCAGCCAUCAACAUUCUGUCUCAACCCACAUGGCUGAUCCUCCCAAUUGGGAAGCCGACACCACAAGCACCUCCAACCCAUCCUCCCCAUCUUCUCUCUGUUCCUCCUCCUCGACCCCUCAGCAGAACAAGCACAAGGCUGCCCAAGCCCGAGGCCAAGGCCAAGGGGACGAAGCCCGGAGGCGGCGAAAAACCCUGGAGGGCGAGCACCCAGUGUACAGAGGCGUAAGGAUGCGAAACUGGGGGAAAUGGGUGUCGGAGAUUCGCGAGCCCCGGAAGAAGUCUAGGAUCUGGCUAGGCACCUUCCCCACUCCGGAGAUGGCCGCCCGAGCUCACGAUGUUGCCGCACUGAGCAUCAAGGGCCCCAAUACGACACUCAAUUUCCCUGAGCUCGCCGCGUCCUUCCCCCGCCCCUCCACAUUGUCUCCCAGAGACAUUCAAGCCGCGGCCGCUAAAGCUGCCGCUAUGUUUAGUAGCAGUUGCCCCGACAGCAACACUAAUACCAAUAUUAACCAUAGCACCGGCAGCAUCGCCAACAGCAGCAUUGAAAGCAGCUUCAGCCCAGAAAGGACCAUCACGAGCAACAUCCUCACCCCAAACAACAUGAGCAAGAACAGCUUCAGCACAAAUAACAAUAAUAAUGCAAAAGCUUGUCAAAUCAAGGUGCUGGACGAGUUCCAGUCCAUCACCACCAGUGAGAUCACCCAGCUCCCACAACUGAGCGGGAGUUACUAUCACUACUCCCCAUCAUCUCAUCUAUCAUAUCAGUUAGAGCCCGAUUACUAUGAUUAUGUCUUUGACAUGCCCAAUUUCUUCACUUUCUCGGAGCCCGUGCCCCUACUGGAGCCCGGCUUAGCAUGUCAAGUUCCGCCCCCGCCGGAAUCCGAUUCCUUUGGGGUCGACGCCUUCCUUUGGGACUACUGACCGGAGAAUUUCCCGGCGUUGUACGCUCCCUUUGAAUUUUUCCCGGAGGGAGCGACAAGAUGAAAUUUUUCUUAUUUCUUGUUUCCUUUCUUUGUGUUUGUUUGAAAUCUCUUUUUCUCGUGUGAUCUAGACCAUGGAAGCUCAUGAAUCAAAAACUGUACAGUAGCUAAAGAGAAGGGGGAGAAAAACAAAUAAGGAAAUAAACCUGGAUUUUCCUUGGCUCUUGUAAAACGUAAACCCCCAAAAAAAAAAAUCAGUCAAGGGUACCUUUCUUCUUUAUAUCUCUCCUUUGCUUUCUGUUAUUCUUUCCUUUUUUUUUUUUCUUUUUUUUCCUCUUUCUCUCUUUUUCUUUCACCUCAGUGUGAUUAAAUCAGUUCAAUUUCUACAUUAUUAUCACCGAGCUGGAGCUGGAGCUGGAGCUGGAGCUGGAGCUGGAGCUGGGUCUGAGUCUAGGUGGGAAAAUUACAAAAAAGGCCCUAGUUAUGGGAACACUGCAGCCAGCUACAUCUCAUAAAAAAUGACCAAAUUACCCGCCGAUGGUGAUGGUGAUGGUGGCAUUUCAUUUCAUUUCAUGCUGUCAGCUUUGAUUUGCAGGACUCCGAUAAGGAUUCAUGGCGGUUUCUGUUUUCUUCGAACAUAACUACCUGAAUGCCCACAUGUGAACACUUCUUCUCCAAGUACGGGGGGCUUUUUUUACUCAUUUAUUUGCCUAUUUAUUAUGGGGAUUUGCUAUUUUCACCAUGUUUAUUAUGGGGAUUUGCUAUUUUCAAAAUAGUGAACCGGAGAAAAAAAACAAGUGCAAACAUACCGGAUCAGCGAAUAAGUGUUUUUACUAGAGCAAAAUAUUUGUUUUACUGUAGCAAAUAGUUGAUUCUCUUCUUGAGCCGGAUGAUGUUUUAUGUAUUAGCAGAAUCGGCACGGAAUGACCGAUUCCACUGUAGCAAAUAGUUGAUUCUCUUUUAGACUCGGAUGGUUUUUUAUAUAUUAACAGAAUUGGCACGGAGUGAUUGAUUCUCA